AUGGCGUUCACGUCCCACGGCAUGGUUUUGGGGUGGUACUUCUGCGUCGUUGCGCUUCUUGUCACCGCAGUGAAAGGCAACGACACUCCGCGCGGACCCCGUUUCAGUCGAACCCCGCCUCCGAGCGUGAGCUUCUCCAACUCGUCUGGAGCCACUAUCGACUGCGCAGCUGAAGGCGACCCCUUACCGACGGUCAGAUGGAUCACCGAGAUCGGAGAUCAGGUCCGUUCUGAUGUGAGCCACUUGGUUCACGAUCGAUACGACGGGAGUCUCGUGUUCGUUCCCUUCCGCUCUGAGGACUUUCGCCGCGACGUUCACGACACAACUUACAGAUGCAAAGCAUCGAAUUCUGUCGGAACCAUCAUCAGUCCACCGGUGAAGGUGAAGGCCGCGCUGUCCAAAUCGAAUUACGAGAUGCGUUUCGAGAGCGACAAGCACGUCAUCCGAGGGAACGCAGCGUUGCUCCAAUGUCCUGUCCCAUGA